AUGGACACGGAGAACUCCUGGAUUAGGAGGACCAAGUUUUCACACACCGUCUACACGAGGGUUGGUUCCCAUGGGGUGCAUGUGGCUCCUCUUGGGAGGGAUGUGGAGCAGAAACUUCAGAGGUUUGUGAGCAUGGGUAAGUGUGUGACGAUGCCCAUUGAUCGAGGCAAUGAUGAAACAGUGGCCGCGCUGAAGCAUACUGCUAGUCUGCCAUCACUCCGAUCCUCACUCCAGCCUAAUGAGAAAAAGGCCAGCAAGCAGAAGAUGAGUUUAGAGAUUCCUUUGAGCCCUCCUGCAAAGUCUGAGAAAUCCAAGGCCCCAAGGGCGAGGAGCCUGGUCAAGAGCCCAAGCUCGAUGAUGCUCCUUAGCUACUUAAAUAAUGCACACACAAGUCAGGGCUCCAACCUUCGUCAAAAGGCUAACGGAUCUCAUCACAAGCUGAGAUCCAAGUCCCCUCUUCCCAGCGUAGUGCCUUCAGAUACAUUCAGGGAAGCGAGGGCCAGCAGUCAGAGGUUCACAAGCCCUCCCCCGAAGCGUGUGGGAUCUGAUAAAAGCGUAUAUGGCAAAUCGCUGGGCAGGGAAGGGUGUGAUAUGGGUCCAAGCCCUGAUUGGUGUUCGACUCCGGUGGUCUCUGAUAAGCACAAUUCUCAGAAGGAUAGCUCAUGGACCAAAAGAUACUUUGACAAUGGGGGAAGGAGGAGGGUUAGUGCAGUAGAGACUGUGAGGAGCCGUACAGUUAGCAUGGCUCAAGCGGUGCAAUCGACAGUUGAUUGGGAACUUGAUCCAACCAAGCUGCUUGUUGGCCAUAGGUUUGCUUCUGGGGCACAUAGCCGGCUAUACAAAGGACUUUACGAUGAUAAGCCGGUUGCCCUUAAAUUUAUCCGCCGGCCUAAGCAUGACACUGGUGGGAUAAUAGCUGCAAAGCUUGACAAACAAUAUAACACUGAGGUCAAUGCAUUGUCUCAUCUGCAUCAUAAGAAUGUGAUCAAGCUUGUAGCAGCUCAUAGAGUUGGACCGGUUUAUUACAUAAUUACGGAGCUUCUUCCUGGAGGUUCCUUGAGGUCAUACCUGCACAACCCAGAGCACCACCCCCUCCCUCUGGAGAGGACCAUAUCCAUCGCUCUGGAGAUUGCCCGAGGGUUGGAGUACAUCCACUCUCAGGGAGUUGUCCACCGCGACAUUAAGCCCGAGAACAUCCUUUUUGAUGAGAAGUUCGAGGUGAAGAUUGCUGAUUUUGGCAUUGCCUGUGAGGAGACGUUAUGUGAUUUGCUAGUGGACGAUGAGGGCACGUACCGCUGGAUGGCCCCUGAGAUGCUAAAGCGCAAGCCGUACAACCGGAAGGUGGAUGUAUAUAGCUUUGGACUGCUGCUGUGGGAGAUGGUGACCGGAAGAAUUCCUUUCGAGAACCUGUCCCCAGUCCAGGUGGCUUAUGCCGUUGCGAAUAACAACAAGAAAGCGAUGGAGCCUGAAGAUUAUUGCCCGGCAGUAGUGAGACCCCUGAUUGAGCAGUGCUGCGCAUUGCAGCCCGAGAAGAGGCCAGAUUUCUGGCAGAUUGUGAAAACCCUGGAGAAAAUCCAGUCUGUUAUGUCGCAGGGCGGCCGCCUGGACGCGCUGAGGAGCAGUGACCACAAGAAGGGGCUUAAGCACUGGAUUCAGAAACUGAAACCAUCACACGGCGCCUGA